CAAUGUUUGUACAACGUACUAUGUACAUCACUCGCUGCCAGUGAGAGACCUGAGUCCGACGUGAAACCCCCCACUUGUGACGUAUCUCAGCCUGGCUUCCCCAGAAAACGCACUGCAGCCUUGCAUCCCGCCACCACGGCCGUGCCUCGGACUCGGACUCGAUAUAAAAGGACCCCUCAGGCUGUGCUACCCCGGUCUUCCGUCUCAAUAUCAAUAAUAUUCAUCUACAAUCUAAUCAGACAUCCAUCCAAACCACGUACAACAAAGUCCAAAAUGUCCAACUCAAACAACUACGGCUCCUUCGCCUCCGCCUCAUCAUCCACCUACAUUUCAUCUUCAUCCUCAUUCUCUUCCUCCAACAACAAUAAUCCAUCGGUAUCCAGCCACCGAUACACCGAAACCAUGACGAGUUCCGACCGCGACGGCACCACGAUCCGACGCUCCGAAGAACAAAACGGCCAACCGACCCUGCACGAAGAGACUUAUUAUCCUCCCGCCGGUGGACGCAUCACGAAUGGUGGCCAACAGCAACAACAGACGCAAAAUAGGAUCGAAGAUGUCACCGACAGUGAUGCUGCCGCCGACCAAGCGGAAAGAGAUCGAUUGUACGAAGAGAGGAUGGAGGAUGAAUAUGCUAAGAGGGAGGGUGGUGCAUAAAAACUGGUCAUCAUUUAUACACUGGCAUCCCGACCCAUCCCAUCCCAUUGCAUUCUAUCGUAUCCGUCGCCUUACCAUUGGGUUGGGUGGUAAGCGGUGCUACAUACACUGCAGCGCUACCAGUACUCUAGGACGGAACAACUAUAUUCGGUGCGACCUAUGCGACUUCUCAACUCAUAUAUGUACCUAUAUAAUCUGAAACUUUUAGUUCACUGCCUGAAUAAGAUUGUGCUCAAGCCUCA